CCCCCAGCGACCUGCAGGGCUCUGAGGGAUCCGGGGCAGCCUCCCCCAAAGAGUGCCAUAGGGCUCUGGGAAUCAGCUAUUGGCUGGAGCGCCCCUGCCCAUCCCAAGAGCCCCGCAGACCCUGCCCAGGGGCCUUGUCCCCUGUGGACCUCAGAGUAAGAGGCCUGGAGCAGAUGCACAGGGUGUCCCUGCUGUCUGUUCAGAUGGAGUCCUGGGAGACCCCUGAGCCUACCGCCUUUGUUGAUUAUGACCUUCAGAUCCCUCUGUGUGAGAACGAGGACAUUGGUUCACCCAUCUUGGACAAUGUCAUCCUGUACUCUCUGGUGCUGCUGCUCAGCCUGGUGGGCAACAGCCUGGUGCUGGGUUUCCUGGUGAAAUACAAGAGCUUCAAGUCACUCACCAAACUCUUCCUCCUUAACCUGUGCCUGUCAGACUUGGAGUCCUCCUUCCUGCUGCUGGUGUGGGUGUCUAUAGAGCACUGGAGCUUGGUCCUGUGCAAGGCAGUCAGGAUGAUCUUCUCCGUCAGCCUCUACAACAACGUUUUCUUCCUCACCAUCAUGACGGUGCACCAGUACCUGUCGGAAGUUAGACCCCAGUGCGUGCCAUAUGUCCAUUCCCUGCGGUCCCUUGUGCUGCUGGCCACAGCCAUGUGGGUGCCCAGCAUCCUAUCUGCCAUCCCCAAUGUCAUCUUCUAUGAGGUGAUUGAUGAUCAGUGUGCAUACUCGGGAACAAAGGGCCUGCUGGUCUCUGUCUACAUGCUCAACUUCAUGUUCCUGCUGUCCAUGGUGACCAUCUGCUUCUGCUACGGGCAAACCCUCAGGACCCUGCUCCAUUUCAGGUCCAGGUGGCAUCACAGGCUCAUCUUUACCAUUGUGGUGGCCUAUGUCCUCAGCUGUGCCCCCUACAACCUCAUCCUGUUCCUGCAGACUUUGGUGAACCUCAGGGUCAUCCAGAGCUGCAAGACCAGGCAGCAGCUGGACCAGGCCUUGUUUGUAUUCCAGCGACUGGCCUUCGCACAGUGGUACUUUCGCCCAGUGUACUAUGGCCUCUUUGUCCAGUUCCGCACAUACCUCAGAAGUCUCCUCCAGUAUUUGUGCAGUUAUAUAAACUACAGGUGUCCAGCCCUGCCAUGCUGCCCCAGUCUCCAGUCACCUUCACCUAUGAGAGUCCCUCCUAGUACUAAGGAGAGUGACAGCACAUGUGCAGGUGGACAGGACACCCACAGAGAGAUAGGGGGGUGUGAACCAGGAAGGAACAGUGCAGCAGAGAUGGCACCACUCUCUGAGGGGGUGGAAGAAGGACCUGUGAACUGAGAUCCUGGGCUCCCUCCUAGUGAAAGAGGCCCUCACCUGGGACUGAUCCUGUCACACGGGAUAAUACUCUUCAUGCAUAGUCACUCGGACCCACAGUGCUCAUACCUGCUAGGGCUGCAGCUCCCAAAAUACAAAAGGCUCCCAGAAAGGGGCCUCUUUCUAGCCUUUGUGGGGGUUGGGGCUCUGCCACACCAUGAGUGUGGUCAGGGUACAAUGCAGACAGGUUCCCCUUCAACCUCCCGUCCCAGGCCACACUUUCCCCCAGCUCAUCUGUUCCCUUCAGAGGAGACUCAGUGACUACUAGGGAGGCUGCCAGAAACCCAAGAGUGACCAUCUCUCCCAAAAAACACAGCAAACCUGACUCCAAAGCCUCUAACUAGACUGAAGCUACUUCUGCGACCCGGCUCCAGAUGGUGCCAUGGACACUGCCUUCACCUCUGCAGCUCCUGAGAUUCCACCCCAGCGGUAAGCACCACGGGUGCUGCCUUUCACACUGAGUCUAUUUGAAGGACCCAGAGACAAUCAGGCUACGGUUCUCCCCUCCAGGUGGGAUCAGCACAGCCUGGAGGUCUGGGAGUCUUCUCCUUGCAUCUGGAAGAUGCAAGAACGCUGAUUUGGUCACUUUCCCCUAGAUGUCCCACUCGGGCAGGACUGAAGGGUCCAGCUUUCCCCAUCCUCACACACCUCUUGGAGCCCGCACCUCCCUUCCUUAACCCACACCCCAUGCCAGGUCCGAUGCUGCUUCCCCAGCGCCUCCCUGGAACCUCUGACCCCUGCAAGACAGCUGAAACCUGAAGUCCCCUGGGUUCCACUGCAUCUUCCUGCCACUCCCGUCCUCCACAGCCAGGCUCUCCGAGGAUCUUAAAACCCUUCCCAGCUCCCACUUGCUUUCAAAUAAAGUGCAAACUGCUGAGAAAGGUUCUCCUGGCCUCCA